AAAUCAGGUCACUUCACUUCCUCUAUCUUCCCUCAGAUACUUUAGUAAUUAAAGCUAAUAAAAGCAGUAAGUCUUUCUACAUCUCUCAGUUUUUAUUCUUAGGAACUGCAUUUCUAUUGUGCUUCUUUGUUUUUGCAACCAUAAUAAUGGAAUAUAUUUACUGACUGCAGCAACAAAGACUGUAGAGGUAUCUGUCCUUACUCAUCCUCAGUAAAAUCAGGAUGUGGCAAUGGGAAUAGAUUUGUAUCUCCCGGAAAUAAUUCUUCCAUCAGAUUUGUGCCUCCAGCCUGGAAGCCUGCAGUAUUCUAUUCUCUCGUAUAUUCGAUACAUUCUCUAUUACUGGUUACAUAACCAAAUCACUUGGACAGUCAACAAUUCUAUUUGACGUUAAUAAGAAAUCAGUUACUAAUUGUGAGCUGCUGAGUUAAAAACAAUGAACAUGAGCAUUAUUAAAAUAGCCAACGCUUAAACUACACAUACAUUUAUUACACAUCUGGAGGAAAUACACACAUCCCUAAGGAUCUUUUGCUAGGGGUAGAUUUCCUGGAAUUUGCCAGCAGUGAAGAAUCUAAUAAGCACCUUGUCAAUCACAGUAGGCAACAACAGUGGGUUAUGUCCCCAAAAGCAUUUACUAGCUGCAUGUCAUGUGCUCUGCAAUGACCGACUACCAAGUAGUCAGUUUGCCUUCUAGUCUUAGCUUCACCCACUUUGAACUCGUGCACCUGCUGGGACAGCUCCCAGAGGAAGGAGUAACUUAAGCCCAACACUGAUUUAAUCUAUCCCGCCAGGUCUAGGAGAUAGCUACUUCUAAUUAGAAAACACUAAUAUACUCCUAAUUAUGUAACACCAGCUAGUGAUACAAGCCCUGUUUGCUUAGGGAAUGGCACGAAGCCAGAUAUUACCAUAUUCAGAAUCAAUUGUGGGUUACAGGAUUGCAACAGAACAAGGAAAAUAAAGUUGUCCACACUUCCAAUAUACAAGUUUGCUUGGUUUCCUAGGUUUGCCCUCUUCUCUGUUCUUGUCUACCAAGGCUCGUUCCUUGUUAGCUGUUGUACAGCAUAGACACCAAAGUACUUUAGCAAACGGAGUAUCAUCCCCAUUCUAAAGACAGGGAAACUGAGUCAGAGAGAGGUGAAGUUACUUGCCUCAGAGGAAACAGCCCUGGGGCAGGACCAGAAAUAAAAUCUAAGUCUCCUGUCUUCCAGUCUAAUGCCUUCACCACUGGACCAGUUUCUCCUCUGUAUUAGAACUCCUGACUGAAGGCAAGAAUUUGUCUGAACAUUGGGUCCUUUCAUUACUUCAAUGCUGAAAGCAGGAGGAUGUAUUUCAGUGUCCCUUGGGGACUGCAAGUGCCCCUCCACUGCCUAUACCCUGUCCCCAAUUUUUGAGAUUCAUAUAGUAUGGUGGUUAUAAAGAUGUAGUCAGGAGCUAAGAGCAUUUGAAAAUGAAAAUGAGUUUCAGGGCGGUAGAACAGCAGCAAAGGUGGGCCAUGUCCCUUUGUCGGAGGGUAGCACAUCACUGACAGGCUUCACUUCUAUUUUAGGACUGAGCACCACUGAUCAGCUUUCAAAACUGCUUAGAAGAAAUAAAGGAGGCUGUUAGAAAUUCAAAAGAACGCCAAGGAUUUGACCACAGCAGGGACACAAGUGGGAGUAUGCUUUUUUUGGGGGGGAGAGAGAAACAAGAACCCAGCUUAGUCCACUAUUGGUCUCUGUUUUUGACAAAAACAUGUUUCUUGUCACAUGCAACCCGACAAGAAUUUGCCCCCAGGGAAAGUCAGAAACUCUGGCUAGAAGAGGGCUCAGACAGGAUUACAUGCAGAACAAAAAGAUCAGGCUUUUGGUCUGCGUGUGGGGCACAUGUUGGUUUGUGGUAUAAAACACAAUUUUGCUAUGGAAGGUUCUUGAAAUGCCAGCAACAGAAAAUAAGCAACAGGAGAGGGAGCUGCUGUACUUUCAAACAAAAACACCUGUCACUACUGACUGACGGAGUCUGGUGGCAUCUCAGGUCACUGGAAACAUGUGGGAGCUUUGCCUGCUAACGCCUCAGAUGGCAGGGGUGUGCCCUGAGCACAGCACACAGGAGGGGUCAGCCACCAAGACACCCAUGCUACAUGCUCAGAGAUCUCUACCCCUGCUCUCAUCUCUCCCCUGGGAAAUACAGUGUCUGAAGCAAUGUGUCACCAUGCUUCAUCUUUGCAAAUGCUCUGAUGCUUUCAUCUUCCCACUUUUCUGAACCCUGCCAGGACACCACAGCUGCUCUGCUGAAAGGUUACUAGCUGGCUGGCACGUUCAUCCGUCCCUACAAACAAAACAUCUAGCAGCAUCCAUGACAUUUACCAUCGGAGCAGCCAGACUGAAUAAAGCCCUUGCUCCAUCUAUUUCCUUAUCCUGCCUCCAACAGCAGCCAGGACAGAAGCUUCAGAGGAAGGCAGAACAAUCCUUGUGGAUGACAGUUACAGAAUAAUCUGCAGUAGGGAAAGUUUCUCCUGGUUUAUGUCCUGAACUAUGAGGGUUUAAUACGAUUAUUUUUAAUCCUAUAUUAUAUAUAAAACUGUGGAUGCUCUAAUUAUCCACAUAAAUGUCUACUUCUUUUUCAAAAGCCUGUUAGACUUCUGGCCUCAGUAUCAGCUCACCGGGUUAAUUAUAUGUUGGGUAAUAAAAUGCAUUUCCUUUUGUCAGUGUUAAAUUUGCUGCUUUUCGAUGUUACAGAAUGUCCCAUGUUCUUGUAUUAUGAGAAAGGGUAAAAAGAGGCACAUGAUUUACCUGCUCUAUAGUUACCAUUCAACACUCCCUCUUAGUCAUCUCCUCUCUCAAGUGAACAGUUCCAAAUCCUACAAGACACAUACUCCAGGAACAACAGAUCCUCUAGAGACAGGAGGAUUAGCUGUUUAUGGGAUGAAAUGGCUAAAAUAGUGUCUGCACCAAAUCAAAACAGAAAAGCACCCAAGAGAUACAGCUCAUGUGGAAUACUUUAAAUAGGACUGUCAAAGCUAGGAGCAUUCCCCACAGAAGUCACCUUGUUCAAAUUGCUACAAAAUCAUCCCUGUUAGAGAACCCUCAUGUCCUGGGCCUCCAAAGCUGCUAUGUUCUCUGAUGUGCCAGACUAAGUCACCGAAAGGGCUAAAAUCCAAAUGGAAACUCCCAUGAAUUCCUAGCCCUCUCUCCCACCCGACAGGGCACAGGUGAGUGGAGGGAAGUCUCCUCCCCACCCCUUUUUUGGCCUAAGUCUGUGUUGAUUUCAGCCCGUGGGCACUUGAUAUGAACAGAUUAGCUGGGAGGGGCCAGAAUGCUGUGUACGGCUGCAGGGGGGUGGAGGUACACAAGAGAAAAGAUAUUUAAGAUGCUGAGAGACAGACUUCCAGAGUGCACAGACUCCUACAAGAAAGUGCUGCAGAAGUCCCCUUUAGACUCCACCUUCACUGAGCAAGAGGGGGAGAGAAACAGAGUCAGGGCACCAGCGUGCUGUAGCACUUUCAGAAGAGUUUCACACGUGCCCCUGCUGUGCUCACAGCAUCUGCAGUGGACUCAGUCAGAGAACUCAGGAGUUCUCACCGCUGAGAGUGAAAAUGCCAGUGAAAGUCUCUAUGCAAUUGGCAUGGCUCUGUGUUAUCACCUUGUCCUUGGCCAUCUACCCAGCGUGGCUACAGAAGCCUCCCAAGAGGAGAAUGACCAGCGGGAACACCCAGCUCAAACUGAUGGGCUGCUGCGAUGAGAUGAAAGACCUCAAGCUGCAGAUAGCCAACCUGAGCACCAUGCUGGGGACGCUGAGCAAGAAGCAGGAAGACGACUGGAUGAAUGUGGUUACGCAGAUGAUGGAGCUGGAAGGGAGCACCAAGCAGAUGGAGUCCCGGCUCAUCGAUGCUGAGAGCAAGUACUCCGAAAUUAACAGCCAGCUAGACAUCAUGCAGCUGCAGGCAGCCCAGACGGUCACACAAACCUCAGCUGUAGAUGCUGUCUAUGACUGCUCAUCUCUUUACCAGAAGAAUUACAGAAUCUCCGGUGUUUACAAGCUGCCUCCAGAUGAAUUCUUGGGGAGCCCUGACCUAGAGGUGUAUUGUGACAUGGAGACAGACGGUGGUGGCUGGACCAUCAUCCAGAGGCGCAAAGUUGGCCUGAUCUCUUUCAACAGAGAUUGGAAACAAUACAAGGAAGGAUUUGGCAAUAUCCGGGGAGAUUUCUGGCUAGGGAAUGAAAAUAUCUAUCGGCUCUCCAGACGCCCGACCCUGCUGCGAGUAGAGCUGGAGGACUGGGAAGGCAACAUCCGCUAUGCACAAUAUAACCAGUUCACCCUGAGCAACGAGUUUAAUAGCUACCGCCUUUUCCUGGGGAACUACACCGGCAACACAGGGCAUGACUCCCUGAGGUACCACAACAACACAGCCUUCAGCACCAAGGACAAGGACAAUGACAAGUGCGUGGAUGACUGUGCCGCGUUACGUAAAGGUGGAUACUGGUACAGCUGCUGCACAGAUUCCAACCUGAAUGGGGUUUACUACCGCAAAGGGGAACACACCAAAAACAUGGAUGGAAUCACCUGGUACGGCUGGCAUGGCUCAACCUACUCUCUGAAAAGAGUCGAGAUGAAGAUCCGCCCAGAGGAUUUUAAACUCUAGGGGGAAGCAACACUCAAUUGUAAAGCUACGGUGACACUGCUGCACUGAGGGGAAACAGCCUGGAAUCUCAUAAAUCAGCCACUGCAAUGGUUUAACUUCAUCUAGAAAGUGUGCGAACACAAGGGCUACAUACACUGACUAUGCAUCACACAUUAGUUCUGAGGCAGACUCGGGAGAGAGGAAAGGUACCAACAUUACUAUGGCUCAGCCCAGUUCUCUUCUCUUAAGGCACUCUCCCCCCAACAGGAUACAUACUAUGUUAGAAUAGACACAUCCUGCAGGAGCAGCAUCUUCAGGAAGGAUAUGUUGUGGUUACACUAGCACUGAGAUUUACAGGGUUGCCUUAUUGUUUGACCAGUUAGAGUUUAGGAAAAAUGCAGCUUUUACCCUCCUUUUUGCCAGCUCCGAAGUGUUUAGAUUCAUUGAGGGUUAACACAAAUCUUGCCAAGGAAGAGAGUUUCUACCAAGACCCAAGAAACAGAGGAACAGGGCUUUUAUUUCAAAUUCUUCAAACAUCUUAGAAAUAUCCACAACGAGAUGUUCCUCCAGUGCAUGUUAAUUGGCCCAUUCUCCCCAUGUAGGAAAAGCUAGGUUGAAACUUUAGGUAAGUGCAUGUUGCACCUGCUCUUUCCUGAAGUCUCAUCACCACCUUCCAGCCACUAGUCACAGGAAAACACCCAUGCAAGACUAUACUCCCAGGGACGUUGCUUUCUGAGAGAGACCUCAAGUCCCAUCUGCUCUAAGCUAUGUGGAGGUGGGAGAUCUAUACUAGAAAGCACAUGAGGGACUGGGAUGCAACUCUCUGAGCUACAAUGAACUGAUUUGCAACGUUACUAGUGUUCCUCUUGGAACACAGAAGGGCCAUUUUGUGCCACCUCAUCACACUAUCAGCAAGACCAGGAGCGAACAGGGAACAAACACCCAGAAGCCUUUUACCAUUGACACUGUAUUCCAAAACACAAGGGGCGGGGUGCGGGGCUUUUAAUGUUUAAUUGGAAAAAGGCAGGUUAAUGGAAGUGCUAGUAAACAAGGGAUCUAAUAAUAUAGAGAUGAUCUGUGGCUCUUAUACAGCAAAGGAUCCUGGAUAAUAUUACGCACUAAGAGAAGCAAUCUUGAGUGGUUUUGUUGUCACUGGAACCCAAGUUGUAUUUAAAGCUUUAUUCCAUCGAAUCUCUAUUUUAUGAGGCUUGAUGCUGAACCUCCACCUGCUUUUAACUUUCUGUUUUUACUUAAGAGAAUCCAGAUGUGGGAAAUAUUUAACACUCUGCUUUAUGGUUUACAAGCACAGGCUUAUUCACCUUGUAUCUGACCUCUGGUCCACGAAGAAAGCUCUAUUGCCACCAGCUGUGACCAGUAUUCGAUGCUUUAGAGAAAGGCAAAAUACAGGAACCUAGUAAAUUUCGCCGUGCUGCCCACAUGUCAGGGGUGGGUUGGGAGAAAAGGAGCAUGCUAUUCCUUUCAUUACAGUAUUGAAAGUUCAAAGCAAUGCAUCUGGGAGCAGAGCUUUAACAGAAGCCAGAGAAUCCUCAAGUGCCAAGGGAAAUUAGAAACGUACAAAAAUCCUCCCUUGCUGGUGGGAUGCCAUACCCGGGAAUUUCCAGGUUUGUUUUGGAGGGUUAUUUUUUGUAAGCUCUGCCUAAAAGUUCCACACUGAAAAACAGCACAUUCCAUUUCCUUACCUAAGAGUGUCUUGAAAAAGAUUGUUAAAAAGGGCAGCCACACCGUUGCUUGACUAUGUAGAAAAAGACAGUUAUAGUUAAUAUAUCUAUUUUUAUUCACUUUACAAAAACAAAACUUGAGCCUAAUUUAAAAUUUUCUGUCUUAUGCGGAACGGGAGAUAAAGGUUUCCUGGGAAAUGCCUUAUAUAUGUUGACUAUUCAUACUGUACAUUGGAACAGCGUUGUAUACAAAUAUGCAGUCUGUGCAAUGGAUUUUUUUUUUAAUACCAAACUUUUCCAUUUCUGUAAUAAAUUCUCUCAUUUUUAAGCCUGUUUUCUUCAAGUCUUGUUCCUUACCCUGCUGUUUGAUACAAACACUCACACAGAGGGAUUAAGGUCAGGAAAGGGGAAUACAGCGAGUUCUGAAGCAUCCCAGGGGAUGCAACAGAGGCGAAGGGAUGAAAGCAUAUUGCAGAGAAGGCAAAAACAUCACAGCAUGCUGCACAGAAGCAAAUAUCUGUAAAGUAAACAAAAGGUGAAAGCAUAAAUCUAAAAGCAAACCUCUUCAGAGAGCUUAAAAAUCCAUCGUAUAAAGACCAAAGCAACUUGUUUGAGAGGCUGUGCCCUUCCUCACACAACAGAGAACUUCGUACAAUCAUUCAAGAGGGAGAGAGGCUGCAUAUACCAAUUCAAAGGGAAACAUUUCUCCUAGUCCAAGCCAAUGUGGAAUUCUAACAUACAGGACUCAAAGCUACAGAUUCCUUGCUAUUCUUUAUCAUUCUGAUUACAGUAGCAUUCACAAUGUGUUAUAUAUUGCUGGCCCAAAUAGGAAAACUCUUUUUAAUCAGUGAAUGCAAGCUCCCUCCCUGCCUGCCUGGCUCACUGAAAUCCAUAACUAAUUUAUUCACUUGCUUCCUAUUCUUUGUGCUGAGGCUGAGUCCUACAACUGGAGUCUUGGUUUUAGAGACUCUGGCACUCGUGUAGAGCAGCAUCUGCCUUUGCAACCGUGUUCAGGUCAUUGUCUGAAACAAGGAGCUGAGCACUUCUAUUCCCUGGGAAGAAUCAGAGACAAGGACACACGCAUGAGCAAGUUUCUUACUGAACUCUUGUUAAAUCUGCCUUCAAGAGAUCACUGGGGUCGGGAGAUGAGGGAAAUAGAUUGUUGAAGGCCUUUAGGUGGGACAGAAGAGUAUCAGUCUGCAAUAUGCUAUUAAACAAUUAUUCAUUUAAAGGAACUUAUUGUUAUGUAUCCCUGGGGAAAGAUCCUUUCACAGGAACGUCCACAUCUCAAAUUGAAAUGAUUGUUUGGCUGGUUGGGAGCAGUACACUUAACAAGUUUAGUAAUCUGAAUCUCUCAACAGCUGAAUCAAGCUCAUACACAAGCUAGGAAGGAAAAAUAAGGCAGCAAAUAGACAGCAGGACAUGCUGCUAAGUUGUGACUCAAAUCCUGGCCAUUCUCUGGGAAGUAACUUAUAGCAGCACACAAGGCCAGGUGUACACAGCAGGUAGGGAGGCUGAAAGGCUCGUUUCCCACUACUUCGCUAUUGGGAACAGAAGCCUGGUGCAAAUCGUUUUGCAUUAUGCCUAUUCUACUUUGCCUUCCAUUUUGAGGCAAGGCACAAAACCUUCAGUUUGCAACCUGAGCCCCGAGAGUUGCUGAAUCAUGCUGCCCACCCUAAUCUGCCACAACAGCAUUUUCCACCUAAGGGACAAGAGCCAUGAUGCUCACCCCAAAGCUGCACCUCCAAGUCUGGUCCAACUCUGGUUAUUUCUUCACCAAAAGAGCCUUGACUUCUGAAAUGUUCAGGAAGUCUUCACCCUCCCACUCCCAAAGCAGCACUCAAGGCACUGGACGGAUAGUUCAAAUACAAUGAACACCCAGAACAGACGUAUUAGAAGGCCAAGCAAAGUCACAUUAACAACAAACAAGGAGGGGGUCGGAAUGCAGGAGCAGACACCGAUCACGCUAACAUCUCUAAGAGUGGAGAGGGAUAAACUGAGUGGACAUGCAAGGGGAAAUCUUUGCUGCUUCAGGAACAGUUUUGAAAGGCACAAAGAAGCUGGGGUUUUUGUGUGACCUCCUCUUGGAUGUGCCAUGACCACCACUGCAGAGCAAGAUGGCCACAACACCUGCAAACCUGGUGCAGCAAGGGCACUGACUAAUUUGCAUUUGAAAGAAUUUGCACCAGCUUUCCACCUGUCCCUCUUUUCCCUUACAGCUCUAUCAGAGACAACUCCAUAGUAUUCACCACUAUAGUAUUGCUAUUUCUUCCCUACUCAUCACAAAGGGCCUGCCAUUGGCACCUCACUAAAUUUUGCUCAAGAGCCAUAAAUCCCUAGGCGUUUUAUAACCACCUAUAGUUAUAGUGCCUUUGAGCCUGAAUGUUCCCAAAGUACUUCACUAGCUAUAUUCAAACAGCACUGCAGAAACACAGCCAUCUGUGGAAGGUGGCACCAACCAGUGGACAGCACACAGUACAGCAAUUUUCUGGGAGGUGAGAACAGAGUUUGGCCUCCAAAUUAUACCACUUACAAAUAGUGCCAUGGGACUUUUAAUAUUCCUGCAGUGCAGACAAGAGGUCUGUUUGCAAGAUCUUGUCUAUGGGACUCUCCAUCUGCCCUACCCAAUUAACUUAUCCUCCUCAUAAGGCAGAUGGACCAAGUUAACCCAUCUAGGAUCUGAAGCUGUGAUUUCAGGGAGUUUGUUUCAAGCAAGGUGUGUCAAUCUUUGGUUACAGAGCCAGGACACAUGCUACAGCAGGCUUGGUGGUACGCAAGGGGGAGAAGUGGUGCUUAUUUGGGGAAUUACACACAUCUCCCCUCUGUAUUUAUCUAGGGCCCUGAAACUUCAGUUUCAAACUUUUUUUUUAAAAAAGCCACGGUUAACCAUGUCAGGAAUUUCAGACAGCUUGGAGGGUGUGACCUGAGAGUGAACAACACUUCAUUUGGCCUCUCUCUGUACCCAGUCCUCCAGAGUCAGCCUUUAGAGUCCUAAUGGAGAAAGACGUGUCCGUGCCUGAGAAUGCAAAUCACAGACAGUCAGGGCUGCACACUGCCCACUGCAGAGCCUUCCCGCUACAGCAAUAAAAGCUGCAGCCUCUCUGGUUUUGUCACUCGCAUUUUAGAUGUUUCGUUUCUGAUAGUUUUCAAGCUGAUAAUUUGUCACCAGCUGGCAAUGACUGAACUAUGGCUAGUACAAAACUGGAGCCAGAAUGGAGAGGGACAAAAGGCUUCACCCCACCCCAAUUCCAGCACAUAAAACAAGCCAGGUAGUUAUAAAUUAGACAACCGAUCCUAGGCAUAAUGGCAAAAUCUACUGAAAAAUACGUCAAUCAUGAGACACUAACAGGACCUUGGGGAACAAAAGCAUUUGACAAUAUUACCUAGAAGUUAUUGCUGUCUAGGCUGAUAUGAAAUGAGAAAAAAAUCAGGGAGGUGCUUUCUAGAGCUGUGCAUUCUCAAGACAACAGUUCAAAGGCAGCCUGGCCCUGCUAAGCUAACAUACUUUAGCCAGAGCUCUCAUGACAUUUUACGAGCCUAGACACAAAAUCUUUUCUGCCACCCUUGUGAUGUGACAUUUUAUUUGCCCAUCCAAAAAACAGAAGUUAUUUGUGCUGAACAAGCAGAAUUUUGAAACGCUGAGCCAAGUCCAGGCAGUGAAUAGAAAUGCAGCCCUGCUCAGCUGAGCACACCCUGGGGCUGCAGCCUGAAACUGCCCUUUGCAGCCAAAGGGUCAAAAGCCUCUAAUAUUUUUGCUCAAAUAUAAAUAUAAUCUAAUUCACCAGUUCAAAUCCAGCUCAAGUCAGCUAUAAACAAAAGCGCCCGGUUCCCAGUCUUCUGCUCACCAUGAGAGUAUG